CCACAACCAUCACCGAGCGCAGCAGCGAGAUGGACGACGACAGCUACUGGGCGCAGCACGCAGCGCUCAAGGCGGCGCACCACGACAGCGCGGUCCAGGUCUUCCAAUCGUUCCACAAGACGCUGCAGCAGUGGCAUGGCACGGACGAGCAGCGCACCAAGCUCGAGCGACUCGUCAAGUACGUCGAGUACUGCGUCGAAGUGCUCGAUGACGAGGCCACGUGCCGGGGCAGCGAGGACCUGGAUCGCGUCCACAAGUACAUCCACAGCAUCGUGCUGCCAUACCUGAGCAAACUGCGCGUCGAAGAGGUCUCGUUUGGGCGCAAGGCGUCGUCGGCGUCGUACGUGUCGAUGACAACGACGGCCAGCAGCACGGCCGACGGCGCGCUGCACCCAACGACAACAACGACGACCUGGGCCGACGACAGCGCGUCCUUUGGCAGCAACAGCUCGCGCCCCGACACAUCCGACGUCUACUGGCUACAGCUGGCAGCGCUUAAAGACAAAUACGAGACCGAUGUCCUCACCGUGCGCACGGCGCUCCGGCAGCACUUGACGGACCGCGGCCGUGACGCGACGUCGUCGCUACACGACAUCGAGCACUGCGCAGCGCUACUGGCCGAAGAUCGCGGUACCCACGCCGCGCGGUCGCUGGACGAGUUGGAUGGUGUCUGGCAGUGCAUUGACCGUGUCGUGCUGCCCUACAUGAGCGUUUUAACCGCACCAACGACGGCGACCGCGUCCAGCGACACGAUCGAGUCGACAACGCCGUACUGGCGAGAGCAUGCGAUGCUGAGCGCUACGUACCGCCACGAUGUCCUCGCCGUCGAGCACGCGUACGAGACGUACGUGACGCACAUGAACGACCCGAUGCACCAAGCCAAAAAAGAUCGCGUGCGCCGCCUUCUCGAGCGCGUUCAGUGGGUCCGCAGUGUGCUGGACGAAGAUGCCGAGACGGCCAACGAACGCUCGAUGGAAGAGCUCGAGCUGGUCUACAGCUACAUCCUCAAGUACGUCGCGCCCUAUCUCAACAAAGCCGCGGCCAAGGAAGCUGUACCGUCGACAUAACAUGAAGCUGACAUGUUGUCUGAAC